AUGCAGUUAGUUAUCAUCGCGUUCGAUAGAUAUUUAGUAAUUGUGAAACCAGGAACCCGCGCUAUGAAAUUAGCCGAUGCCAUAAGACUAGCAAUGUUGGCUUGGGGCUUGGGGUUUUUUGGAGCGUUUCCAUGGCUACUCUUAUCCAAUGACGUCAAGAUUGAGUACUUUCCAUGUUUCUACACAUGCGGACAAAGAUAUCAAUAUCCUCUUAGUGGCUUAGCACUAUUCAUUAUUGUUUCAACAAUACUUCUUUUUGGAAUGCUACCAUUAUUUCUUAUAGCUUAUUGCUAUUACCAAAUUUAUAAGGUCACUCGUCUGACCCGCCACAGUGUAUCUCCAUUAGCACUUUCCAACGCCCAAAUGUUAGCGAUCAACGUUUACGCUAAGUCCACCUCGACGUCAAAAUUCGUCAUAGGUACAAGCUUAAUUCAAGUUUUUCCAGCGUGUUUUCUGAUGCUUUUGGACGGAAUGGGAGUCGGGAAUAUCCCACAUAGUCUGAAAGUUACUUUUAAGUGGAUAAUGUGGUGUCACUGCAUUGUAAAGCCCAUGAUAUAUGCCUCAAAGAGCCCAACAAACAUAGCUCGAAAAUACAUCAAUAAGCUUCCUUUAAGCUCGUCAAACUUCAGAGUUAAGUUGAACGUAGCAACGAUUUCGAUGUUUGCAAAUCGUAUGAAACUUUACAGACUAUCCACGAAACGCACAAAUGGACACUCGUUGGAAAACAAAGGGCAGAUCAGUAAACCGUCAACAUUGACAGCAGAGCAAAGGACCGGGCGGCCUACAAUGUUAAUUACAGCGAAACCAGCGUGGAUUAUUACUGCGGAAGCAGGCGAAUUUUCGGCCUUCUAG